GGAGAGAGUAGAGUAUCAGGGCCACCCUCAUAUAAUACAAGCCCCAGUUGGCCCUUUCACUGGUUUUUCGUCUCUUUCUCUCUCCUCUCUCUUCCUCCCACAAAAGGAAGAGCAGGAAAAGGGUGGAACUGAUAGUUCCCUCUUUCUCUCUCAUGAAAAGGCGAAUUGGGUGUGGAAGAAUAUUACUUUUCAUGGAAGUUUUUCAUGGUGGGUAGCAAAAAAACAGGGGUUAGAGACCUGCAGCUAGUUGCAGGUUGAUGGGUUCAGAAGCUGGGGAAGAAUUAGGAGAGAGAAAGAAAGAUGGGGAGAAGGUGGGGAUAGUGUUUGAGUGGAAGCCAUGGGCCUGUAACUUCUUCUUGAACAGGAGUCCCAAACCAUGGUUGAUCUUUCCUGCUCCUUAAACAAAUAGGCCAGGCGACUUGAUCCCCUCAAGAGAAGAAGGUCCAUACUUUCUCUCUCUUCUCUCUCUCUCUCUAAAUAUUGUUCUUGUUCGGUUAUAUUGAAUUUAUAUUUGAGGGAAGAGACCAUGAAGAGGAUGGAGAGCUCGGAUUCAUUGGGUGCCUUGAUUUCAAUGUGUCCCUCUGCAGAGGAGAAGAAUGGUGGUGGGGGUUACAGUAGCAGGGGAUUUCAGAGCAUAUUGGAUGGGUUUGAAGAGGAGGAGGAGUGUGGGCAAGCUUCGGAGAAGAAGCGGAGGCUCAGCGUCGAUCAGGUGAAAGCUUUAGAGAAGAAUUUCGAGGUGGAGAACAAGCUGGAGCCCGAGCGGAAGGCGAAGCUGGCUCAAGAGCUCGGCCUUCAGCCGAGGCAGGUGGCUGUUUGGUUCCAAAACAGAAGAGCCCGGUGGAAGACGAAGCAGCUCGAGAAAGAUUACAACCUGCUCAAAGCCAACUACGACAAUCUCAAAAUCAACUUCGAUAAUGUUAAGAAAGACAAGGAAACUCUCAUGGCUGAGCUGAGAGGUGUGAAGGAGAAAGUGGGCGGUAGAAAGAGCGGCGGUGGUGGUGGUAGCGGCGGAGGAGACGCCAAUAAGGAGGCGUUUCCGGACCCGCAAGACGCGCUUGCACCCAUUCCCACGAGCAAAGACACGGAGGAUUUGAAGGGCCACACCAUGGACGGCCAGGAUCGCUCCACAGGCAUAUGCCCCGACCUGAAGGACGGCUCGGAUAGCGACUCAAGUGCCAUACUAAAUGACGAAAAUAGCCCUCUCCACCACCCCCAAAGCCACCACUAUCAUCGCCCCCAAACACUGCUCUCUUCUGUCUCUUCUUCUUCGGCUAUAAUAGCAGAGGCGGCGCCACCCACUUCACCGCCUCCGCCUCUUCCAUUUUUAUCUCUCCACCACCAUCACAGCAACAACUACCACAUCUUCUCUUCUUCAUCCUCGUCUUCUUCUUCAACAAAUGGAGGGGUCACUCGCUUUUACCCGUCUCCAUUCGCGAGGAUGGAGGAGCACAAUUUCCUGAACGCCGACGAGUCCUCCUGCAACUUCUUUGCAGAUGAACAGGCCCCCUCUCUUCCAUGGUACUGUUCCGACCACUGGAAUUGAGCCCACCUCUUUCUCUCUCUACAAAAACCCACUUUUCUACCCUUUUCCAUUUGCUUUGUCCUCCUGCUAGAGAGAGAAAAGCUUCUCUGAUUCCUAAGUGGGAUUGGGUGCAUGGGAAUGGGUCCUUUCAUCUUUUCCCUUCUCUCUUUCUUUCUUGAAUUAAAUUUUAUUUUCUUGUUUAAACUCUGUAAAAUGGAGAUGCAUGUAGUAUAUAACCAGCAAGCUUCAGCACUUUAGUAGUCAGUGUAAAAAGGUUUUUCAUGUUAGAGAGAGAAACUCGAAAGGGGAGGAGCACGAAAGAGAGAGUGUGCAAUGAUAUCAAAUAAAAGAGAAAAAAAAAAGAGCAGCUGGGUCUCGUCAAACUACCCAGACUUUUCGUUUC